GCGCAGGAUAUUGCUCCUCCUCCUCCUGCUUCGAGUCGGUCAAUCGCUGCUGACCCGAGCGAGCGAGCGCCAUUGGGGUGGAAUUUCUUAACAGCAGCGUGAAGUGAGCUCAGUGGUGGUGUGCCACACAAGUUCGGGAAUACACACCACCAACAACAGUAACUAUACCCAAGACGAGUGCUGUCGUCGACGUCGGUUCCGUGUUUCGGUGCUUUCCUCUUGAAUUGGUGCCUGUGGUGCUCGUAGGGUUUUUAUUUUUUAUUUUUUAUUUUGUUUCGCUCUGUGCUGUUGCUGCAUUGUGUUUCUGUGGAGGACACGCCGUGGCUGGUUCUUGUGAUCACCGUUCUGGCAACAUGUAACGCUUUUGGGCUGGAAUAUUGGAAUCUCGGGGAGUGAGUACUGCGAUGAUGCAUUGUUAGGGUUUGGUGGGGAUGGGGUAGCAGGGUUGUAGUGUAGGGAGAGAAAGGGAUCGAGGUUGGAGAAGUUGGUUUUCAUCGUGUGCGCUUGGUGGUGAGGUUGUGAUACUGGCUAGGCUUAGUUUUCUGUGUUUUUUUCGUUGUUGUUGUGCUGCGACGAUUUCGGGAUUGGUGAAGCUGUUGGGGUUGCUGGUGAGGGCAGGGCUUUAGGGUGAGGACAAGAGCUUCGCAAGCAGGGGAGAUCACGGAGAGUGCUGCGAGUGGCUAGCAGUAACAACGGAGAAAUUCUUUUAGGGUUACGAGUGAGCGUGUGCGGGAAAUUUGAUUCGAAGUAUGGAGUUGUGAAGGUCAGGUAGGGGCAGGAGAUGCUGGGCAAGAUUUAGUCUGAGGGAGGUUGUUGCGAGGGUGGGGAGCAGUAUCGCGAAGGUGGAGCGAGGGAAGUUUAAGCGAGGGACGCGCUAUUCUUCUCAUCGAUAUUGCAAUGUGAUGUUCACUCUGGGGGGACAUUGUUUCUCCGCGCUAGGGCGAGUGACGUGCAUAGGGUUUGCAAGAAGAUUGGAGAGAGUGGAGAGUCGUCGGUUGUGGUACAACGGGGAAGGGCAGCGACAUGGGUGACACCGAUGCAGGACCAACAGCAACGAGCUCUAUGGACUCCGGGGACAUGGCCGGACUUGCAGCCUCUCGGGCGUUGAUAGAAGGAGGGUCGCUUCCUCCUCGGAAGCGAUUGCUAGCAGGGUUGAAGCAGAACGGCUGGUUGUCUACUUCACCUCCGCCCGCGGUGUUUCCGACUCAGGGUGGUGAGCAUGCUGGGUUAGAGACCGAGGCAGUGAGUGCGGGACAGGGAUUGGUCGCACGCAAGCACGAGGUCGGGAGUUGCAUGGGUUGCAAUGUGGUGGAGGGCGAUGGAAUGCGGAGAAUUAAGCGGGGCGGGGUUUCGCUGCGGCUUUGCAGCGCUUGUGACGUGUUGUAUUCGAAGAGCAUGUUCUGUCCGCAUUGCCUUGCGAUGUACCACGAUGCGAGUUUGCUAGGAGACCCGUCGAUGUGGCUGGUAUGCAGUCGAUGCAGGCGGUCGGUGCACCCGGAGUGCGAGCAGAAAGCGAGCGGGACGAUGCCGGACGCGGCGUUGUACGUGUGCAUGGAUUGCGUAAACUCGAGUCGACGGCACAGGGAGUCGAAUGGGGUGACAGGGAUGAGGAGCAAGCCGAGUUCUGGAAGGUCGGAAAAGUUUGGGGAGGUGAGGACAGGAGUGAGGGUGGGGUUAGAUUGUUUGAGUCCAGCCCUGAAGAAGCCUCGAAUGAUGAGGCACGCGGAUGGUUCAAGAUUUGAGAGGCAGAGGUAUAUGCUGGAUGCAACGGGCGUGGCGGGGGAUGCAAGGAGCAGGAGCUUGGGAUAUUCUCGAAAGAUGUCGCUGGGGCAGGUGCAAAUGGAGGGAGCAUCGCCGCAAGAAGUAGCCGCCGCGGCUCGGAACGCCGCAGCAACAGCGGCGAAAGUGGCGGCAGCAGCGAAAGCGAAUGCAGCUGCGAAGGCGAACGCUGCGGUGAAAGCAGCGGCUGCUGCGAAGGCAGCACUGGAGACUGCUGCACAUGCGUGCCGGGCCGAGGCUGCGUGCCGAGUGGAGCUGCGAAGGAAGGUGGCGAAUGCGCAAAACAGAUCGGGCGGAGGCGGAGGUGGCGGAAUGAGACUGGAAAUCAACGUGCAUUCAGAAUCUCGUCGUGAUAGGAGCUAUAAAGGAGAGGUAAAGAACGAGAGGGACGAGGGGUAUGGCGGCAGACGGGCUGGCGCGGGGUCUGUGGACGACGAAGAGCUAGCCCGGCAGCUGCACAGAGUGAUAAAUAGCAGUCCGAGGAUAUCUCGAAGCAUGACUCCGAUGCGUCGGAGAGCUGUGGUGAAGCCAGAGGCUCCGUCGAGCGGGCUGAGCAACAGCAGUGCGGAGGCAGUGAGAUCACGAUCUCGAACCGGCGAUGGAGGUGGAUCAGAGAGCGUGCAGGUGCAUGGGCAGAGUCACAGCCACAAUUUACAUGGUCAGCAGCAGCAGCAGCUCCAUCACCAUCACCACCACCAGGCAAAUGCGCAUCAAGUCCAACGUCAUGGGCAUCAGCAGUUCCGGCACCAGCAGACCCGACUGCGGUCGAUAACGCACAAAGAUUUGAGGCGCAUUGAUAGCAGGGCGUCUCGACAUGAAGCGAAGAUGGGGUUGGAAGGUGACGGCAAUGGCAGUGGGGAUGGGCAAGGAGAGCAGAUGCAGAUGGAAGGGUUGGAAACCCCGGGCAAUGCUAAUGCCGAUGCCGAUGCCGAUGCACUGGGUAGUUCCAUGCAGCACGACCAGAUGAAGGUGCAGGAAGAUGAGGGGAUGGAUGGAGGUGCGAAGAUGGAGGUGAUGGAUGCAGCGUUGGAGUUUGAAGGCGUAGUUGUUGCAGAUGACGCGAGCAUGUUAUUCGACGCGUUGGUGGAGGCCGAUGGAGCGGGGAUGGAGGGCGGGAGCGUAGGUGUGGACGAUCGGAGGCCUGACUAUUUGCAGGAGAUAUUGGAAGCGGCGGUGCUGACGGACACCGCGAUGUCUGUCAACGAGUGUGGUCUUGUAGAGGUGUCGGAUCUGGAGUCUUUUCGGGGGGAAGUGGGAACAUCAGACCAAGAACAUAGUGUAGGACGAGAGCAGGGGCAGGAGGUUGUAGAAGCUUCGGAGUUGGGCGGUAUGGGAAUGGGAGCAAGGAGUGAACCGGUGGAGUUGCACAGGGACGCAUGCGGGACAAGUCUGUCAGAGCCGACCCCGAUCGUUGGUGGUGUCCCCGAGGGUUCAGUGGUGGUCGAGGAUGAGAGGAACACUUCGGCAGUUGUAGAUGAUGUAGAAAUGCGAGAGGUAGGCGAUGGUGAAGCAGCUUUGAUUGCUGCGGAAGUGGGUAAUACGGGCCCAUCAAGUAUUAGUGAAGCGCUGUCGGAGGCACCUUCAGUGGUUCAAGACGAUGGUGCGUCUGGACCGGAGACUGUGAGAGAAACUGGGAUGGAGGAGUCUGGUGUGGAAGGUCCGGAGGGACGGAUAGCGGCUGGGGAUGCCGUCACUGGUAGUGCCAAUGCUGCAAUAUUGGAAGGCGGAGGUUCGACUACUGGACAAGAAGAGUGGAGAUCAGGCGUAUCUGAAGGUGCUGCUCAUGGUGCUGACGGACAGACUACUUCCGGUUCUGCAGCUCAACAGAGUGGUUGAGCUGACUGGGGAAAAUCACGCAAUUCGAGAUGGUUUGGCGAUGUCUUCAUUUGUCUCUGGAAUUCAAGUUGGAUCUGUGUACGCGAUGGCUGGCGGUGCUGAUGUGUUCGGUAUGCUAGCCCAUGUGAAGUCGAAGUACAUGAGUGUCUCCAUUGGGCAUUUUACCAGUGUUUGCUAGCUUCGAUGCUGGUUUGGUGAUUGGAUAUAGAAGUAUUUGUGUUUGUAUGUUUUUUUUUAGGUUUAGGAGUGGGCGUUAAGUUCCUUCAUGUCCUUGUGAGCAGGCAGCAGAGUAUUUCAUGUGUUGUAGGAAGAGUGGAGACUUCGGAGGCGGAGGGUGCUCUGAGGAGACUGAAAGAAUAUAGUGAAAUUUCUUUUCAGACUUUAGGUGUACAUAAAUACUGUACCAUGGGUCUUGCAUACAGUCGCAGGGACGAUGCGUCAAAGUAGCUGGGCCACCGCAGCUGUUCCGAAAUAUGUACCACGAUAUUGCCACUCACCAAGUUCUAUGUGUGAAGUUUUGUGUACAGGGUGUCUGUCACGUUUAUGCAUCACAUAACUGGGUUGGCUCGGAACAGGAUCGGAUGUCCCACCUAGUUCUUAUAUUGUGAACCAUGGAUCGAUUUUCUGUUUGGGGA